GACUGACUGCCCAUUGCUGCUUUCAGAUGUCAACAAAAUCGCCCCUUUGAAGGCUACUUUAUUCACAUCUGUCUUACUGUCUGCGUCACAAAUCUCACUAGACUUGGAAGAUUUCCUCUUGAUUUCUUUCAUUAUUGGGUGACUAGAGCCCGAUGCCUUCAAGGGUCUGGGGCUGAGCCUGGGUUGGCAGUGACAGACUGGCAACAGCCGGCCUGACUCAAUUCUAGAAUUCCCUCUAGUCUGGCUCUCAACAAUCACCCUCGUCUUUGUAGACAUCAUAUAAGAACGGCUGGGACAUGAGAUUCCAUCUCACGAGUCCGACUCUCACUAAGAGACAUUUUUCAACUACACCCAACUUACGCCACAACAGCAACUUCAAUCUCAAAUUAACACACCCCCUUCCGCUUCUCAAUACGCCCGUUUGCGCGAAUAGACAGUUGGCCGCUGCACAUACAUCUAGCAACACUCAACACAUUAUCAGACGCUUCCAAGCAUCCAUCUCCAGGCUGACAACAAGCACAAUGGCAUCAAAGGACCAAGAACCUGUGGUAAAUGGCGCCACAGCACCAAAGCAGGUCUUCUUCUUUGACAUAGACAACUGCUUAUACCCAAAGAGCGCAAAAGUCCAUGACCUUAUGGCAGAUCUUAUAGACACCUACUUCCAGAAGCACCUCAACCUGCCCAGGGAAGAGGCAGUGAGACUACACCAAGAGUACUACACCAACUAUGGACUUGCAAUUGAGGGUCUCGUACGCCAUCACGAGAUCGAUCCUCUCGAAUACAACGCCAAAGUUGACGACGCGCUCCCCCUGGACGGCGUCAUCAAGCCGCGGCCGGAGCUCAAGAAGCUGCUCGAGGACAUCGACAGGAGCAAAGUCAAGCUGUGGCUCUUCACCAACGCCUAUAUCAACCAUGCCCAAAGGGUCAUCCGCCUUCUAGGGAUUGAGGGCAUGUUCGAAGGCGUGACGUACUGCGACUACUCCAAAGUCCCGUUUACAUGCAAGCCGCACAAGGAUGCGUAUGUGAAGGCCAUGAAGGAUGCCGGAGUUGAGAAGUGGGAAGACUGCUUCUUCGUUGAUGACAAUUACGGUAAUUGCGUCAAGGCCCAGGAAUAUGGAUGGAACACAGCACACCUUGUCGAAGACGACGUUCCGGUCCCCAAGACGCAAGCAUCAAAGUACCAGAUCCGGCACCUAGAGGAGCUGAGAACCGUUUUCCCGCAAUUUUUCAAGAAGGCUUAGAUAGAUAUAGCAAGCCUGUAGAUACACAUAGAGAUACCCGAAUUAGAUCUUACUGGGACCAAGAACGAAUUGUAUGGUUGCCUAAUUGUUGACUGGGAGACUGAUAAA